CGUUGACAAUUUCAGCUGCUAGAAUGGCAUUAUCACGUGACUGCUUUAGCUUUGGUCGACGGUGCAUGUAGAGUAGUGGUAUAUCGACUAUUUGGUUACUGCCCGUCAUAGAAACAUUGUACUUGAACACAUCGCCAGAUAAGUUUGCAUGUCCCUUGUUAUAAAGUGAAUUUCUACACUUCACUAGUCUUCCUUUUAACACUUAUCACCGAAGGACAGGCUGUUUUCGUUAUUUCAUUGGUGACUACUACUCCAUCGAGUUUCAUAAGAUUUUUUCUGUAUGACCAUUCCCAAUGCCCUCAGUGUUUGCAAAUAGGACACCACUUGACCACAAGAGCUUAAUGUCGGUCAAGUUACUAUCCAUCCAGGGUUGGCGAUAUGGAGGUUGAGUCUGAAAUAUACGGAAAAAACAACACAUACGGAAAAACAACACAUGUUUUCGGUAAUACUUAAUACAGCUUUUGUCAAGAUCUUAAGAUGACAAGGUGACAUUCUUUAGUCUAUCAUAAUUGUUGCUCAUAUCUAAGAUGAUAUAACAAUGAUUAUAUAUUUGGCCUAGGCCGUUCUCAAUACUUUUCUCCGCAUAGAUAAACAGUACGAGGUAAAACAACUUCUUAGACUUUGAAAAUGAUUUAAAUGAUUUUAAAAAUCUAUGACCUUUAAAUAAGUGCGGCUGUUAUUCUAGGAAGCCCACUUUUGUUAAAUACCUCGACUUCUAGUGGCAUAUAUACAUAUUCACGUUAAUUACUUAAUAUUGCUGUUUGAAAAUAAACACAAUACUGUUUGACUUUAUUAUUUUAUAAUCAGAUCUUUAUCAUGACGUAUAAUGUUGUGUAAUGCGUAAUGUUUAAAAAAGCAAAUCUAACAAAAGUACGUGCAUCGGCCGGGAAUCGAACCCGGAUCGAUUUCUUGGAAGGCAACCAUGCUGACCUUUACACCACCGAUGCAGACAAUUCUUUUAUGCAAAAUAAAAACAACACAUCGGCUGCUCUUGAUAUAAAGAAUUUGUGUACAAGAGGAGUUUAAAAUAUACUAGACCAAAAUUUCAUAUUUGAAACAAGAACAAAUACUACACAUAUGUUUAUGUAAACAUAAAGUUUACAAGUGUAUUUGUAUUUACAGGACUACGCAUUAGGUUAAAGAUAGUACACGCUGUAUGGAUGUAUGGAUGAACACAGUAUAAAUGUGUACUACAACGAAAAAGUGGAAGUGUUUAAAACAAUCGACUGUUAUUGCAUGGAUGUACCUCUACUUACAAAAUCAGUUUAUAUAUUUAGUAAAGUUAAAUAUAUCUGGGCGUCAACAGUGCAAUCCCUGUCUCCUUUCUGGCGAUUUGAUCCUGACCAGGUAUAGGAAUAAUGAUUGUAUGUCGUGUUCAAUGCAUUAGCAUAUGCUUAGUUUUAUGCGUUCAACCGGAAAAAUAAAAAUUGGCCAUUUUCAAUUCAAACACAUAAUUUCCCUGACAGGGUUACACAGUGGGGUUUUGGUCGUACACAACAUCAUAAAUGCAUUUUUCAGUGCUUUAUUCAUUUGGCAGUCUUAAUCCAGGAAAGAAAUUCUUACAACUUUGUUUUUCUCGAAUACACGAAUAAAUAAUGAGCUAGCCAAUCAGACGGCGUUUAAUUUGCAAAUUGAAAAUAAAAACAAGUUCGCAAAUACCACCUCCGUCCUUAUUAUUAGUACUAUUUUGGAAAAAAAUAGCACAUUUAAAAGAGAAGCAUGAAAUUAACGUGCAUAAACGGAAAUGACGACAUGACGUUUAAACUCUAUAACAAAAUUCCGAUUUUGUUUUAUUGCUUUUAUUUAUUGUGAAACGUAAUUUUUUUUUCUAAGUACACUUUUGUAAAAUCUAUCGAGAAUUUUGACAUUUAUCAAGUUUUACAGACAAAAUAUAUUAUUAGGCCUAAUGCACGAAUCUUAAUUGUACUUCGUCAGACAUCAUUUACUGCACGCAUGCCAUCUCGAAUUAAGGACGGAAGAGUGCCUUUUCCAGAACCUUUUUAACACCGGAAACUCCAAUCCAUAAUGCUCCAAAGUGAUUUUCCAAAAUAUUUCAUUUAAUUCUCCACGAAAAUUAAUAUUUCAAUAUUUUCAAAAGUGGAAAUUUCUUCAUGCUAUGACCUACUAGCACAUAUGUCUUAUCGAAAACUUGUUCAACUGACUUCAAUCGCGGAUUACAAACAUGGCAAAAUUUGUGCUUAUUUUUGUUUUAACAUGUAAUUUGUUUAAAGAUUUUGUUAUUUGUGACAAAAACACUGGUGAUGAAUACCAGUCAAUGAAAGAUGAAAUUGAGUUUUUACGCGAGAGACUCGAAACAAUGGAUGGUAAAUUCGUGCAGCUGCAGAAAGAUUUCAAAAGAGAAUGUAGAAGUCGUGAGGAGAGAUUUGUUGGUGACGGAGAAUUGAACGUAGAGCAACAAGUAAUCAAGCUGCGACAAGACGUGAACCAAAUAAAACAAGGAAUUGCUAGUUCCUAUGUUCGAUGGGGAAGAACAGUGUGCAGCGGUAAUGCCUCUCUUGUUUAUAAAGGAUACAUGGGAGGAAAUGCUUACACAGAUAAGGGUGGGCCAGCAAACUAUGUUUGUUUACCAGAAGAUCCAAUCUGGGGAAAGUACCAAGAUGGAAUACAAAAUCAUGGAAAUAAAAUAUACGGUACAGAGUAUGAACUGUAUGGUAGUUUCAAUCCAUUUGACAAAAACCUUCAUGACGAGGAUGCACCUUGUGCUGUAUGCAGGACCUACUAUGCAACUACUAUAAUGAUCCCGGCAAGGACGGACUGCUAUUCUGGAUGGAACAAGGAGUACAGUGGCUACUUGAUGUCAAUUGAUACCGUUCACCCGGCAGCCGGAGAAUAUAUCUGCAUUGAUAGUGAUCCAGAGUAUAUCCUUCAUGGAUCAGGAAAUCAGAAUGGCAAUGUUCUCUACGUUGUAGAAGCGGUGUGUGGAUCUCUACCCUGCUUGCCAUAUGUGGAUGGAAGAGAAUUGACGUGUGUUGUCUGUAGCAAAUAAAUGUAUUAAUUUAAAAGAAGAAACAUAUUUUAAACUUAUUUCUUUUAUUUUUAAUCUUU